UUUGUGCACUACACAGCAAGACGGCCCGGGGAUAAAGUUAAUGUAACAAUGGCGUUGUUUGUCAUCGUAGUGCUGAUCUGUAUGGCUGGUCCCACACAAGGAGCUGGAUGUAAUGAGGGACAGCAUUGCUCUGACUGUGACGUCAAGGGCGAUUGUUUGCAGGAUUGUGACAAAGGUUUCUAUGGACUCAAGUGCCAGUCGCAAUGCAGAGGCACGUGCAGAUACAACAUGUGUAAACUAGUACCAGGUAAGGGUACAUACACGUGUACUCAUGGCUGUGUACCUGGAUACCAAGGCACAAGUUGUAACAGACCAUGUGACAGUCACGUGGUCAACUGUACACUGUGUCCAGGUGGGUGUGACGGGGAGUACUGUCAGCUGGGUGAUGCUUGUUUUGCCGGAUGUCGAGAUUCCAGGUACGGAUCAGGAUGCAAGACGUGUCCCAGUAGCUGCAGAACCUGCAACAGGAUGACAGGAGUAUGUGACGAGUGUGACCCGACACAUUAUGGAGUCAACUGUGAGAAGACGUGUGAGAACUGUGCAGGAUCCUGUGAGUCUGACUGUGAAUGUGUUCCUGGCUUCUACGGGGACUUCUGUGCCGAGACUUGCAGUAAAACAUGCCACCCAAAGUCAGCCCACAAGUGUUUCCCUGCUGUGACGUCAGACAGCUGUACAGGUGAAUGUCACAAACACAGCGCCACGUGUCUCCAUGGCUGUGUGGAUGGCUGGUUCGGCCUGAUGUGUUCUUCUCCGUGUAAUCCUGGAUGUCGUCAUCAAAGAUGUAAUGCCGCAGGUUCCUGUGCUGAAGGCUGUGAACUUCAUCAUUUCGGGUCAGCCUGCGAACCUUGUCCCGAGAACUGCGCCAACCGAACAUGUGAUCAGAACACUGGUGCCUGUGUGACGGGUUGCGAGGAAGGAAGUGAGCCUAACUGUACACAGACCUGCUCCACUCCAGGAUGCACUACAAGCUAUAGUGAGAUCAUUGUCAACAUGUUACUGUUCAUGAGCUCCCCCUGGUAUCAUCUCAACUACACUGAUCUGGGUUGUGGGUGCUGUGGUCGUUUCCGUUCUGGUUGCAAGUUCUGUAUGCUGUCUGUGUUUCCGCAAAGGCCCGUGUACACAAAGCAGUCACAAAUGCCAGUAGAGGGAACAAGUUAUCAGGAUGCUGUUGGGGGGAACAUCACAAAGACAAACUCCGAUCACGACGGCACGUCCAGACCAGCACCCGAUAGAACACCUGAACAUGAGCUUGGUCGCCGGAUUCAUCAACGCCAACGUCAGCCAAACAACGUCGCUGAGUUGACCCUGGCUUUACAACAGGAGCGGCAGAACAUCCCCAAAGCACCUGUUCGACGUUUGUGCGAAUCCACGCCACGUCGACUCCGUGCAUGUGUACAGGCUCAGGGAGGUCACACUCGCUACUGA